GACCAGAGCGGAGACAGCGGGCUGCGCGUGCGCGUUUCCAUGCGCGUCACCGUGCGCGUCCUCGAGCAGCUCGCGCGCGGCUGAGGGAAACAGAGCGCGUGCGGUGCGGGAGUGCGCUCGGGUCCGGCUCCAGUCCAGCAUCCAGAGCAAAAACAAAAUAAAUAUAUCAACAUAAAUAUAUUCAUGGACGUGAACUAGGGAGCGGGAUUAGUUUCUUUUUCCCGCCUUAAAAAAAAAAAAUCCUUACUUUUUAUUUAUUUGUUUUGGAUUUGCUGAACGCAGUCUUCUAAAAUGGCUGAGAUAGCGAGUCUGAGCCCUGCCUACGAGGUGUCCCCAGUCUUGGCGGGAUUUCUUGGUGCGGGAGUUCUGGUCGUCACGGUGACGGUGGCCAUCUUCCUAUGGACUUUCUGCCAGCGUCAGUAUCGCAGAAUGACGUUUAAGUUGAGCAACGGCCCGUUCGACUCGCCCACCGACCCGCCGUUAAAGUUCAUCCACAUGCUCAAGGGCAUCAGUAUCUACCCCGAGACCCUCAGCAACGCCAACAAGAUUAUACGAGUGGGCCGGAGGUCAUCGGCAUGGCAACGGAACCACGACUCUGACGUUGAGGGUCACGCGCAUUUGCAGAUGAACCACCUGGUACCGCCGAAACUGGAGCGAGCGCUGCCAAUCCGGGCCAAUUACUGCUGUUCUGAGAGCAGCAGCUGCGAAUCGGCCAGUAAGACCCCGACUCCCUUCAGCCUCGAAUCGCCCUCAUUGGGCACCCUAGAUCUCGCCAUUGACUACAACUUCCCCAAAAAGGCGCUGGUGGUGACGAUCGUAGGUGCACGAGGUCUCCCGGCCAUUAACGAGCAGACGGGCAGCUCGGACCCGUACGUGAAGAUGAGCAUCUUGCCCGAGAAGAAGCACCACGUAAAGACCCGCGUGAUGAGGAACACCCUGGAGCCGUCGUUCGAUGAGACCUUCACCUUCUACGGCGUUUCCUUCAGCGCACUGGCUGACCUCACACUGCACUUCCUGGUGCUGAGCUUCGACCGCUUUGCCCGCGAUGACGUGAUCGGAGAGGCGUUGGUGUCGCUGUCGGGGGUCGAGCUUAGCGCAGGCAAAGUGCACAUCAGCCAGCAGAUCACCAAGAGGAACGUACAGUGCGGGAGACGCGGUGAGCUGCUGGUGUCUCUGUCCUACCAUCCUGCAACUCACAGACUGAACGUGGUGGUGCUCAAAGCCAAACAUCUUCCCACCAUGGACAUCACCAGCCUGCCCGGCAACCCGUACGUGAAGGUGAACGUGUUCUACGGCCGCAGACGCAUCGCCAAGAAGAAGACGCACGUGAAGAAGUGCACGCUGGAGCCCGUCUUUAACGAGUCGUUCGUGUACGACGUUCCCGCCGAGCUCAUGGCCGACGUCUCCAUCGAGUUCCUGCUCAUCGACUUCGACCGCACCGCCAAGAACACCGUCGUGGGCCGUCUGGUGCUGGGGGGUCAGAGCCCGACGCCGUCCGGCGUCACACACUGGAGGGAAGUGUGCGACAACCCGCGGCGGCAGAUCGCCAAGUGGCACAACCUGUCCGAGUUCUAACGCUCCACAUCACUUCCCCUUCAUCCCUUAACGAUAAAGAUAGCAACCCGUCUGUUACCCUUCUCUCAUGUAGGUGUAUCCUAGCCUGAAUACACGUGUGUGUGUGUGUGUGUGUGUGUGUGUGGCUGUCAAGAAGCAGCCUAAAGACCGUAAUUGGGCCCUGCAGUAACCCAAGGCACGAUUUUACUUGAACAACGCCUGCGUUUCAUUCGGACCGAGGCCGCCCACGUAGGCUCCGCCUCCCUGCACCGCUUGUGCUCCUGUUUUGGAAGACGGACUCGAGGACCGCCGUCUACCUGUCGAAGGUCCCUUAUUUCGGACAGCCGAAGAAAAACAUCACGGACUUAAUUCCGAUCUGUGUCUCCGAUCUCGUCUAGCGCCACAACCUGUGAUAAAACGUCAGCUCGUCAUUAUCACCAAUCAUCUCCACGAUCCAAACGUGUAACGUCAGCACACGCCUGCUUUCGGAAGAGUCGCAACGGACGUCCACUGAUCGAAUGAAUUCGGCUUCGCAAAAAACAAAAACAAACGAUGGUCCGGCAAAUAUUCCUCUGUUCGGAUUGCAUCCUCCGGCUGAUGAAGCAGAAGAAGACGCUACGCCCUGCAGGAGCGCUUCGGAUCCAUCCGGACGGGGACGUCGAGGCAGAAAGUCUCCGAAAUGUCCGACGAUGGAGCGUGAAAUCCUGAACAUUGGUUAGAGUGAAUGCUUAUGAGUUGUGUAACGUGCACACGUCAGUUCGCCAGUCACGUGGCGUUUGUGUUUACGUUAAAUUACGCUAAUGAGAAAGAUCAGCCUGACGUAAUUAAAUCACGGACAUCGUGAGGUAAUACGCAAACGCUCGUUAUUGUUUAUGAAGAUUUGUUCGUUUCUUCGCAUUGAGUCCUGAUGGGAAUUUUUGCUUAAAGAGCACCUGUUACGGUUUUUCAAAUACUCCCGUUCAUGUAGUGUGUUAUAUACGGAGCGGUUCGUGAAUGUAAAAACGUCUGCGAAGUUUCAAAAAUCAAAGCGCACGACGAACGGAGUUAUCGACUCCCAAAAGAAGGAAUCGAUUCUGAACAGCUGAAUCGACUCGUUAGUGAUUCCACACUUUACUUCCUGUACUAACCUACGUAGGUUCGUAACAAAAAACCCCGCCUCUGGUCUUCAUCGUCUGCUCGCUGACAGCGGUAGACCCAUCACGACAGACUGGGACCAAUCUGACCAAUCAGAGCAGAGUAUGCUCUCUGAAAGGAGGAGUUUAGAACGAAUCCUUUAGAACGGAUCAUUUAACGAGUCGUUUGUGACACUGGGGGGAAAACGGUAACGCUGCAGUUUAAAUCAUGAGCACGUUAAAGCGUUUUUUGACCUCGGAUGCACGUAAAUCUAUCGUAUGAGAGCUUUAAAACAAAAUUAGGCACGUUUCAAAUCCAUAAUAGGUGCGCUUUAAAUAAUUAGAGACAUCAUGACAACUUCAGACCAAAUACGGAAUACGGACAGAUACGGAACUUAGCGCAUCGAGGAUGAGUAAAAGAGUGCGUGUGCCGUUCGUGACGCGAAACGCCAUCUUUUUUUUUUUUUUUAGAAAGUUAUGAUCGUUCAGAUAUUAUAACGAGGCAUAAUCUUGAAAAACUUUCUCCUAAAAUUGUAUGAUUUUGUCUCAAAACAGACCAAAAAAAAUAAAAUAAACGUGCUUCCGCAAAUUGCAUCCCUUCCCGUCGGUCGUAUUUUCCCAAGCAGUUGUGACUUCCAGGUUUGUUGAAUCACAUCGCCGGUGCUAACUCCGUAUAUUCGCAUCGACUCCUCCCGGUAUUUCUAGCCUUUUUUCCGUAGGAACGCCUCCAAAUCGUGUACUCGUCAAAGCAAAAAACAAAAACGGGAUGCUGCGCAUGCGACAGACUCGGCUCAUACUGGACUUUGAGAACACCACGCACUAGUGGUACUGCUUUUCUAACUUGGCUAGCUGUUCUCGAAGGCAGGAGGACUGUUGCUCGUGUGUAUCCGUAGUUCCUGGCGUUUUUUUUUUUUUGCACGGCGGUAAAGGUGUAAAGAUGUUCCUAGGCUAUUUUCCUAGUUUCUUUGGCAUGUAUUAACCUACGCAGCUUCUCAUACAUCUUCACGGGCACUUGAAUAUCGAUAAAUAUAAAAGAUAUUAAAGAUUUGACUCUUUUUUUUCCUCCAGUUCCACGAAGAGAUCCUCAAACACACUGGAUUUGUUGUUUUUUUUUUUUGCGCCUUUAUACCGGAAAGACGAUGAAAACGACACCUCGGAGAUGAAAUCCAGAAAAAGCGUGCGGUGCGAUCUUUCCUAGCCACUUGUUGUACAUAUUGGGGGUUUUCGCGUAAUUCCCUCGGAGACUUUUCCCGAAACGUCGCUGUUAAUUAUGAAUCGGUGUGUGUGUGUGUGUGUGUGUGUGUGUUUUAUAACGGACUCGUUCCUCCUUUGCCUGCUUUUCCUGUUAUAGUAAAAUAUGUACAAAGUGUACCAUAAAGAGGCUCACGUUCCCGUAACCCGCAGCUUCGUUUUCAUCUUACAGACGCUAAAUAUCUCUAUAGAUUCACCCUUACGCUCAAACCGUGACCUUUUAACGCCCGGGGCCGUAAUGCGAGACCCUUCCCGGUUGAAGAAGAAGAAAAAAACGUGAGGAAUAUGCAGAUGCUUGCACUUUACCAUGUUGUUUUGUAAUUGUAGAAAAGAAAAAUUAUAUAUAUGUAUGUAUGUAUGUAUGGAGAGAACCAAAUAGCUGUGAUGAAAUUGACGCCCCAUGUGAAAGAAGCAUCCGGAGUAUAAUGCUCGUAUAACGCUCGCUCUGAUUGGUGGGGAAUUUCCAUCAGCGUCUCUGUGUGGGAUUCAUAUACAGACACGGACGUGGGGAAUGGGGUAGAGCGAACCUUUUUUUAAACCAUUAUAAGUAGAUGAGGUGCUGUCUUCUUGUUCUCUCUCUCUGUCUCUCCGUCAAUCAGAACGGCGCUAGCCAAUCGGAGGCGCCCGAUAACUCGUGCUCGUGGCUUUUAAACGUCUCUGAGGAAGCAUCGUCAGUUCUGAUUCAUAUCCGUCCUUAAAUGCAUCUGUGUCGAGACUCAAAUAAUCGAUGACCGUGUUCACACGCACGCCAGUAUUCCGAUAUCAAGAAUCGGAAUUUGUCAACGCUCUGAUUCGUCCUGAGUCACGUAUAUACGCGCGUGCUCAUAUAUAAGGCUUAGAACAGCCACGUCUACGGGAAUGUUCCGAUACCCGUACGCAUAUAAACAUCGCAUUCGGAACACGGCUGCGACCCGGAUAUAGACUUUAAACGGAACUUGAUGUGCAUGGAAACAUAGUCGGUGUCAAGUUGGCGUUGUGUGUAACCACACUGAAGUGGAUUAUUUUCCUAUGACAUCCUGCACACCCUGGAGUGUUUUAUUCCUAUUGUACCGCCACAACUUGCCAACACGCAGUGCGUUUACGCGGACAGCGAUAUUCCGAUAUGAACCCGAUUGAGACGAUACUCUGAUUAAGAAACGAGCACGUAAACAGAUUACUGAUGACCUUAAUCUGAUUAAAGUCACACUCGGAGUAAACACAGACGGAAUUAAGACGUGUGGAGUUUUCCUGUUUUAGUCGCGUUAUCGGCGUGCGUUACAGACGUGUACACGCCUUAAUCACACUAUUAACCUCGUGUGAGAGUUUUCACCGCAUCGUGAGACAGGACACGAUCACACACGGCAGCGCUCGACCGUCUGACGGCAAACGAGAGAGCACGGCCGCGUCCCAAACCGCGUACUUACCUGCUACAGUAUAUAGUAGGAGAAAUACACGUGUCUCUAUAUACUAUAUAGACGGCAAGUACGCGGUUUGGGACGCGGCCCACGGCUUCAAGCAGUCGUCUAUCAGCACGUACAGCACGACUAAUAAUUAACCGCACUUGAAGCGUUCACAACAUUAAACACGAAACACCCAAACUGUACACGGUCCCAUAACGAAGACCGACUGUACGUCGAUACGUGAAAUUCUGGAGUGAACGUCGGACGGCGUGACGCGGUGACGUAAUGACGUGUGACGUUACAUCCAUCUACGUUCUAUAACACGUGAAACCUGAACAUGAAAGGAGUAUUCUAAAAGCCACUCAUGUACACACCUUCAUCACAAUAUUAUACGUCUUACUCAGAAUAAGGUCAAUGAUCAGAUCACCGCCGUCCGUGUGGACGUAGCCAGUAACAAUUGUUUUAAUUUAAUUUAUCUGUCAUAGUUUUUAAAAAAAAUUUUUUAUCCAUUUUUAGUUAUGUCUAGCGACUACAAAAUGUUUGUUCCUGCACCAGACUCUUUUGAAGUUAAUACUACAAAAAACAAACAAACAAACAAACAAAAAAUGCCACAAAGCAUAAAGUCCUGAAGACUUCCUUGUGGUGGAAAACCUCUGACACUGGAGACUCCUUCCAAAAAGGACCAUCGACCAUUAUUCAUAUGCUUUUCCUUGUUGAAUAACAGCAUAUUCUGACCUGUUUAUUAUUGACCAAUGCGAACAGUAUGAACUCGUCUUCAUCACGUCCGUUUUAACUUCUAUUUCCGCCUUUUUAUCUUUACUGUGGUUAAAGUGUGACCUUUUCUUCUUCUUCUUCUUCUUCUUCCUCUUCUUUCUUGAGAAGUAUAAAUCAGCCCUUAGCCUUUGCCCUUUCAGGUCGUAUGACAGACCCAGCUAGUGAGUGACUCAAUUAGCUAACCGGGAAAAGAAAUCUUAAAAUAUUACCUGAUUAUAUUAUUUCCAUAUCACCCACUCCUGUCUGGGCGAAAGAAAACCUUUACCACGGGCUUAAAACAUGACCUUUUACAUAACCGCCUCUAAACGUGUCCACUGACCGUGUCUGUUCUUUCAGUCGUCAUCGUCUCUUACGAACGUCUCAGACACGCUGAAUUUAACAGUGAUGAUGGUGAUGAAACAGUGUGUGUGUGUGUGUGUGUGUGUGCAGUCAAGACGAGCAAAACAGAGAAGCAGGAGGCGGCUCGUAUCCGCUCAUAUCUGUAAUUAAAUGCACGCUCGUGUUAAUUACAUCCAUUUCAGCCGGAUGGUUCGGACGUCUGCGGCUGAGAUUUCAUUUCUCGCUCCGUUGCUCCCUCCAUCGACACACGACCCGAAACCGCACGGAGGCUGACGGCUCACCUUUUGGACGGAGACCGAGAGAAAUCACGACUCGCUAACGAGCUCGUAAGCAAAAUAAUCGACCCCUGAUCGUACAGUUCAGCUCCAGAAUUAUUGGCACCCUUCACGCCUCUCUCUCUAUAUAUAUAUAUAUAUAUAUAUUUUAACACAAAACGUUUUCUUGUGUAGUAAAAAAAAAAACAAACAGGCAAAAUUAUUGGCACCUCAGCGGUUGUAUAAUUUGUCAGGAACGGUGCAUCCAUUCAAGAGACAGCGUGUGACCUCAGCUAUUUACACGUUAUGACUUUACUGAUGACGACUACCAGUAUAACGCAUUCUGUUCCUUUCAUUUGUCGCCCGUACGUGACUUCUUUAAUAGUAAACCGAGGAACUUUCUCUCCUUACUCAUGUGUACAGCCUCAUCACUCGAGAAGAAUAAUAAGAAUAAGAAUAACAUAAUGCUUUCCGUUUACGGCUUUGAAGCGUUCCAGUCAUCCAGAUCACUUCAAAUGCCUCGCAGUAGUGAGUCCAGGCCUUUUAAGAGCUUCCACGGUACCUCCGUACAUCAGAAACCGACGAGGAAAUGUUCUCGAGGUUAUAACGCGAGUUCCUACUAGUGCUACGAGUCCGGCUACAGUUAACAUGUUCUUGUAUACGAUAUCCUUGAUUCUGCGCGGUGCAUGCGGGAGAGAAGCAACAGGGAGAGUAAAAUCUUCCCCGUCGUAAAUAGUAAUAUAAUAUAUGCUGUAGUAUUGCGUGCUCCUCCAUCACAUCUCUGCUUCAGUGUAGGUCGGUGUACAGUCGCCUAAAUUACACCAAGGUUUUGAUAACAAAAAAAAAACGGAUAAAAAAAAAAAAUAAAACCCCUUUUCUCUUUUCCAUUCAGUGCACAAAGCAAGCCUAAUGAAAAAAUAAAUAAAUAAACACAUAACGCAAAUUACACAUUAUACAAUUGAUAUAUUUUUGCCUUGUGCACUCUUGAUUCUUUGGCAUACAAAGCUUGUUUAUAUGUGUAUAAAUAAAUACGAGCGGUUGUAAAGUAUUGUUUGUCUUAAUGCACUAUCCGGCAGUAGCACUUUCUGCCUUUAUUUAUUUUUAUUAUUAUUAUUUUUUUGGUUGUUUUUAUAUUUGGGAGCCCUCGCCCGUUUCUUUCCUGUCCAGACUCCCCCGAGUUCGCAGGUCUUUUCUGUCGUGUGUUGUACGAUACACUGAGAUGCGGAGCAAAAUUUCAUCCCGAUUCAAAGAUGCAAAGUUUUAUGUGGAGAUUUAAAAAAAAAAAAAAAAAAAAAAAAAAAAAACCCGCUUCUGAUGACACCUGAUGUGCAUAACGCUGUAAUAAAUCUAUGCUAAAGCUGUUACACUAACGCUGAUGUGUACUGUAUGGUGAACUGGUUAACACAAUGAACAUGCAAAUAAAAAUCGAAACUGAUCCACUA